CCAGCUCUUCUCAAAGAUGUUGAGAAAUCUCCGUAUGCGAUGCUCCAGUUUCAAAAAAAAGAUGUAGAAAGAAUUGCUCUUUAUCCUAAUUUAGAUUAUCGGCAACUUUAUAAUGUCUUGUCACAGCUAGCAGACGUGAUUCCAUCACUGCACAGUGGAGUAUAUGUGUUUAGUCAAGCUCUUUUGCAAUGUAUAGUAUGUUUACUUCCUUUCUUGGAUCAUGAUUUGAUUAAUAAUAUUCCGUACCUUCUGGCUGGCACUAUGGCAGUGUUGCCAACUGAAUUACAUACUGAAAUUAUAAACUACUUGUGUUAUUAUGUCUUCCCAUUUACAAUAUGUAGAAAAGCAGAAGAUGAUGCUGAAAACUUUGCUAGUCAAUCGAUUUCUGCUGUUAUAAUGAUGGUUUUUGAAUAUUCGAGCUCCACUGGUAAGAAGUUUAAGUAA